AUGGAUGUAGCUUCAUCGUGUUCCAAGAUCUCCAUGACCGCAGCUGCAGACGUGGAAGCCAAGAAGCAACCAACCUACACCACGGUGGGUUCCAUUUACAACCCCAGCGCAGCAGCCCCCAUUCAGGCGCCCACCAGACGGCCAAGAACUAGGAGAUUCCCCCAACCUCCGGAGUCCCCUUUAGGAGACCCGUUCGACUUCACAGAUCCCUUGAGGGCCCUUCUGAAGGAGAAAUCACCUCCGUCUCCGCCUACUACGGCCGCCGUGCUGAAGCAGUAUACGCCUCUCCAGCAGAAUUACGAUCGUGCCCUCAGCCCCAUCAACGAACAGGAGUACCUCGCUAUGACGAUGCCUCCUCAAUUUCGGUCAGAAAAUCUUCCUCCUCCUCCUCCACCUCCUCCUCCUUCACCUCCUCCUCCUCCUCCUACAGCUCCUUCGGUAUUGGACGAUGAGGAUGGUGUUGCAUCCAAGGACACCCUAAUAUCGUCAAAGAUGACGGUCAAGAGUCUCACCAAUCUUGCAUCCUAUCCCAAUCCAAUGCAGAAGGCUGCUCAAAAAGCACUUGCGAGAGCUCGACCAGCUAACAUUUUGCUCAGUCGUUCUGAGAUUCCGUCUCCUCUAUCUUCUACCACGUCUGACAUUGGAUUUGGAAGAGAUAGGUCCACAGUCAACCCUGCUGGUCUUCCUUCCACUGCUUCAUCCGGACCCCCUCGGCCACUGACGGCAGGGCCUCCAGGCGUGCGUCAGUUCAAGCGGAAUGGUUUUGAUCCAACAACCUCUUCUGCGCGCAUCGGCCGUUUGGAAAGCCAAAACGAAACUUCCGCGGCCCGUCCCCUCUUUCCAAUCGGGCACCAGACUAAACCUUCCAUCAUCAGACAGCCUUUUCAGGCUGGCGUCAACUACAUGGCUCUCCGUGAUGGAGACAUCAGGGGGCAUGAUGCAGAGCAUCCGAGCCAGCUGCUUCAGCACAAUUUGUCUGGGAAUUACGGUUCAACUGCCCAGCAGUCGCGCGCCUCCCCCGACUUGCGGCGAUCUUCUUCGAGCACCCCAUUUCGACCAAGUGACCAGGACCCAAAGAAAGGCCCUGUGCACGAUACUCUUCCUCCCGAAAAGGCAAUGGAGUACUUUCCAGCAGGCUUCCCGUCCAACUAUGAUGGGCAGUACACCCCUCGUCCGGCGGUGCCUUCAAAAUUUUCCCCUUUGGACCAAGAAGCGCAAAAGCAGACACAAAAUCAGUUGGACAAACAGGACCAGCAGAUACAUGAUUCAACGAAUGGCCGCGUGCAGAGACCAAUUGGAGCCAUCGGUGCCGAGCGUGAGCGACGCCGGAACGCCAUCGACAAAGCUGUUUCUCGCAAGCUCGACAACGAGGACACCACCAAGAUGGACAGCAAUGAGUAUGCGAAGCCUCUGUUGGACAGGACCUAUGAUGCUCUCCUGAAGUAUCGGGAAUCCGGAAGGUCGGCUUGCCCGUCAAAUGGCUGGCAUCCACAGUUUGCAGAGCCAGACGAGUCGCUGUUUGACCACUCGCCCGAGGGCAACAACAGCUUCUUUGACGAUCCUAGGAUGGAGGCACCCAAGAAGAAGAAAGUUGCCAAGCCCACCCGAAAACUCGGAUACUGA